UGCACCAAACGAUAAAAGUAUUUCUUGUUGUUGUGUGUCGCUGUCGGAAGUGUUUAUGGAAUUUCGGAACGGUUCGUCUGAUGACGAAGUUGAAGUUUGGUUUAAUAUUAAUUAACCAAAUUGUUAGAUAAACAAUUAUUGAUGAUGAUUUUAUUUAUCUGAACGAUUUCUAUGAGGUGACAAAGCAUAGAAAGCCUGAUUUUUACAUGUAAUGGAGAUCGUCCACGACGGGUGGCUUGUCAAAUCGCCUCCGGAGAAACGAAUUCUAAAAGCUAAAUGGAGGCAGAGAUGGUUUGUGUUGAGACACUCUGGUCAAUUACCUGGUCAGUUUGUAUUGGAGUAUUACACAGAUGAUAGUCGUAAAAAAUUAAAAGGCAAGAUUGAUUUAGAUCAAUGUGAACAGGUUGAUGCUGGUUUAUCAUUUGAAAGCAGAAAAUCGAACUAUCAAUAUAUGUUUGAUAUUAGGACUCCAAAACGUGUUUAUUAUUUAGUUGCAGAAACUGAAUCAUCUAUGAAUAAAUGGGUUGACUGCAUUUGUUCAGUUUGUGGAUUAAAAAUACAUUUAGAUGAUGAUUACAUGCCUCCUCAGACUACAACUAGCUCUCAAACAGUAUCAACUAAUUCAGUGACACCUGCUCAAUCAACAUCAAAUCUGGAACUUUCUAGAUCUGGAUCAAAUCCAUAUAUACCAAUUAGUGAAUGCAUUAGUGGAAAACCUAUAACAAAUGGAUUUAAUUGUGAAAGUUGUAAUGAAAGUCUUCCAGAAGCACCACCGCCGCCGCCCCCGCCUAAGAUGAAUAGCGAAGAAAGAAGAGAAUCAUCUGAAUUUUAUGAUUAUCCUAAACCUUUAAAUUUUAUAAAUGAUAGAAAUAGGACAUCUCCAGAACUGAAUGUUGAAGAAUUUUAUAAAAUUCCUCAGUCAUUAAAAAAUACCGAAAAAUCUUUCAUCCAAACUGAUAGUUUUGUAUAUAAUUUACCUCCACUACCUCCUAAAGUUAAUUGGGAUACAUAUCCACAAGAUUCAUAUCAAAAGAAAAAUAAAUCAGAUUUGGAUUUUGAUACUUGUUCAAGAUCUACAACUCCAGAAGAUAACAUACAUGAAAAAUUUACAUCAGAAGUAACAAGUCAGUUAGAACAAAUAAAUUUGAACAGUAAUAAUAAUGGAAACCUGCAAGCUGUGAUAUCUCAAGAUAGUAAUGAUGUAUCUGAAAAUGUAGAUCAAGUCUGUAUUAACAAAGAUACAUUAGAUAAACCACCACCAAGACCACCUAAACCUCAACAUCUUGGAAGAAAGUAUGAAAAUGUUACUAUUAAUUCUCUCAGUGAAAAUAAUAAUCCAGUUUAUGAUACUCCAUUGUCAGCUAAGGGAGUGCAAUUAAGUAAAAAUUUGCCAGCACAAGUGUUUGCUUUUCUAAAAGAUGAUACCGAUUUAGAAAGUAUAUCACCAUCGACAAAAGUCCCAGUUGCUUUUCCAAAAUCAAAGGAUGUUGCAUUAGAUGAUAUUUAUGAUUUUCCAAAGUUUAGGAGUGAAGAUAAUAUUAAUAUGCCAGUUCCACCUCCCAUAAAUGCAAAAGGAUCUCAAAGAAGGCGGCGGCAUGCCUACACAAAUGCACCUCCUGGUUUAUUUAAUAAUAAGGAAACAAUAUUUAAUUAUGAAUUUGUUAAACCUUCUUUAUGUAGUGAUGGAUAUUUAAGUAUGGAUUCACAAAAAAGUGAAAUUUAUACUGACAUGUCUGGUGAAUUACAGUUAUCACCUUCAGCAAUGGGAACUUAUGCAAACAUUCCUACAAGUCCUAGUGCAUCUUUAGGUUCAGUUGGUGAUAUUCCUCCAGCAGUCAACAGAGAAUUAAAACCAAAGAGAAAAGUUUCUGAUGCAGAGAAUCAGAAUGGUAUUUUGACUCUUGCUCCUCCUCCAGUCAGUCGGUUUCGUCCUCAUGUUACAAAAAGAAGUUUCAGAAAACCAAGAUUAGCCUCAUCGUCAUCAUCAUUUUCAGAAAGAAUUGGUACAACUCCACCUCCAAUUCCUGGCCGAGGUCAUAGACGUUCAGAACAUUCCACAUCUGAUGAUGAUUUAGCAAGUUCAGGUGGCAGUAGAAGAAAUUCUACCAACUCUGAACAGGAAGUAAAACAGAUGAUACCUCCUGCUCCACAGUUGAAGAAAGAAGAAAUUCAAUACUUAGAUUUGGAUCUUGAUUCGGAUGCUUCAGUUCAAAGCCCAAGAUCACCCGAAAAAUCGUCGUCAGCAUCUAUUGUAUAUAAGAAAAUAGAUUUUGUGAAAACUAAAGUUUUUAAUGAAAUGAGGCAAAAUGUUGAGGAAAACUACAGGAAAUCUCAGUAAAUAUUUUUUUUUUUUUUUUUGAAAAUUUGUGCACAGUUUAUCGUUACAUAUAUAAAUUAUAUAUAAUAUUUGAAAUUGAUGUAAAUAUUAUUGUUAUUGAAACUAUCCUUGGGAAAUGUGAAUAUUUACAAAUUAUGAAAUUCAAUUCUAGAAAAAUUAAAUGUAUGUCAGUCACAAUAUAAUAUGAACUUAGUACUAGAAAAGUCUAUUUAUUGUUUUUUACAUUGUUUGAAAAUUUAUUCCUAGAAACUGAAGUAUAUUGUUUAUGAAUUCUUAGUUGUUCUUAAAUUCUGGU